UUGGUAGCCAAAUGAGAUGGCGGAGAAUACUCCUCCUUUUCUUCACCUGUGAGAGGACUAAUUAACAAAAUAAGUAGAAUUACUAUUGGGGAUCCCCAAACCCAGGGCGACGAUCCACACCACACUCAUAUACAUACGUAUUACACAUUCUAUUCUAAACCAUGGUGGAGGAAUAUAAAGGUUAUACAGGAAUGAGAGGAGAGUGAAAUAGAUAGAUGAAGGAUUCCCCUCAUGUUGAAGUCCAAUGUUUAGGAGUAAAAGAUAAUAAUAAUGUGAGUUGCCUGGAGCAGUUGGUUGGUUAAUUUCUUCUUCCUCCUCUCUUUCGACCACCCUCUGCUAUACAAAUCCUACUAGUUUGUAGGUUGCACACAAGACCAGUGACUUUAUGAGUGAUGAGUGGAAAAUUUGUUGGAAUUUCAUAUAAUAUUCUUCUUCACUGGCCUUAUCUUCAUCACUUGAAUUUUUGACAUAUCCACACCUCGCAGCAGGAGAAAGGCUCUUCAUUCAUGUCUCCUCAUCCUAUUAGUACGACAAAGUAUUUUUAGUUGCGAAGAAAGAAGCGAGAAAUAUCAUCAUCAUCAUCACGUCGACAUUAGCUCUGACGAAUGUGAUGCAAGUUCUAGACUGAAUACCCGGAAGUGAACUUGAGUGUGUGUGAGUAGUGUGUGUGUUUGUGUCGCAGUCGCAAUUAAUUGGUAAAAUUUGAAUUCUUCAACAAGGACGAGUUUAAUUGAGCUACAGAAUUUAGUAAUGGCAAGAAAUGGCGACAAACAAGGAUCGUCAAGGAGGUUCGUAUGAAAGAGAUAGCAGCUCAGACACUGAAGAUUACCACAACGUUGACGAAAGAAGGAAGCGUGUUUUCAAGUCUCGACUCAGUUACGCAAACAGCUCCAAACCAAAACCAUGUCUGGUUCAAAAGUCGAGCAUGACUGCGAGUAGUGGUAACAAUACGUCAACACCAAACAGUCCUUCCAGCAGCGUCGAGUUAAGAACUGAUCCUCCCGGUUCCACAAACAAUAACACCGUGCCAUCAAAAAACUCCCCCAAGCACCACACGGGAUCACGACACAGUAGUAGAAUGGAUAGAAGUAGAGGAAGUCAGAACAUAUUUAGACCCCAUGGACCGCAUGUUCAUGAUACCAACAGGGACGGUGGUGGGGUCGGUGCAGGUGGCGGUGCAGGCGCCACAAACAUGUCCAAUUUUUUCAUGGAGGACAGAAUUACGCUUGUUGUGGAUAACACUCGUUUCGUCGUGGAUCCCAACAUUUUCACACAAUUUCCAAACACCAUGCUAGGAAGAAUGUUCAGCUCUGGAAUGGAAUUCGUCCACCCAAACGAACGUGGCGAAUUUGUUGUGGCUGAUGGCUUAUCAGCCACUGUUUUCCGUGCUAUUUUGGAGUAUUAUCGCGGUGGAGUAAUUCGUUGCCCUCCUGCCGUCAGUGUUCAAGAAUUACGCGAGGCGUGUGACUAUCUGCUAAUACCCUUUGAUGCCAGUACUAUCAAAUGCCAAAAUUUAAGAGGCCUUUUACAUGAACUUUCAAAUGAAGGAGCUCGACACCAAUUCGAAGCCUUCCUCGAAAAAUUGAUCCUUCCUCUCAUGGUGAAUUCAGCGGACAGAGGAGAUCGUGAGUGUCAUAUCGUAGUUCUACUUGAUGAUGACACCGUGGACUGGGACGAAGAGUAUCCUCCGCAGAUGGGAGAGGAGUACUCGCAAACUGUGAAUAGCACGGCGUUAUAUCGAUUCUUCAAGUAUAUUGAAAACAGAGAUGUUGCCAAACAAGUGUUGAAAGAAAGGGGUCUAAAAAAGAUUCGACUUGGAAUUGAAGGAUAUCCAACCUACAAGGAGAAGAUUAAGAAACGCCCUGGUGGACGAGCAGAAGUGAUUUAUAAUUACGUCCAGAGGCCUUUCAUUCGAAUGUCUUGGGAAAAAGAGGAAGCAAAAAGUCGUCACGUUGAUUUUCAAUGUGUCAAAUCAAAGUCCGUGACAAACUUGGCCGAAGCAACUGCAGAUCCUGAUCCUGCCAACGGUCUAAAUCAAAUAGAAGUUCAUCCACUGGCAGAUGGUCCCAUCCUGAAUAUGAACAAUGACGGGAUACGAAACUUUGGAGGUGCUCUUGACCUGCACGCUCCCGCACAAAACAUACAUCACCACAACCCUCCUGGAUCACCAUUGUUACGAAUGAAUUUACAUGACCCAGACCCAGGAGGCCCUCCAGACGAGGUCCCAUAAAGAAUCCGGACACUUCGUCUUACCAACAAAAUAAUGAGCGACUACGCAUCUUAUGCGCUUCCACACUCCUAUUCCACACUCCUAUUCCAAUGUGUUUGGCUUUUCAAAUAAUUCGCAAUUGUUGUUAAGAAUAUUAAUUAUUAAUUUUACUGCAUUUAAACUAGUCAACGUAUGAAAUAAUGUGAUGUUCGACCGAUUACUUUUAAAGCAACGCUGCUCAGAGAACCCAACCCCAUAUUGCAACAUAUGUAAAUAUCAGGGUCACACUUCAUGAUUUUCUUGAUUCAAUCAUCAACUUACACAUACAAGCUCAGUUUUAAAGGUAUUAUAUUCGAAAAAGGGCCACACAUACAGCGCAUAAUUGUUUUAUUUCUUCAAAUAAUAAUAACGCUAUUACCCGAAAAAGUGUCUGUCUAUAUAUAUUUACUCGCUAUACAUAUAACGCAGUAGGGAAGAAGUGUAACUUACCAACAAUUAAAACAGAUGAAAUAAUACAGAAGUUAUUCAACAGACGGACUUGUGCGUAUUAUCAUGACGUGCGUUUGUGCUAGUUUAUAAGAAUAUCUUUCUAUUAUAAAAAUGUUUGAAUUGUGCUGCUUAACAAGGUAAUCACAGCUCGAAUAUGUGUAUUUAUAAGAUUGCAAUUUAAUGCUACUCAUUUUAUAACGUUGGUGCAAAUAAAUUCUGCAUCAGUCAUCAAUCCGAUGAAUGUGCGAAGUUUUUAUUAAAUAAAA